AUGGGCUUUGGCUUAUGUAGAUCAAAAAUGAUGAAUGGGAUUGUGGCACUCCACUCGCCGCCAAUGCGGAAGGAUGCCGCCGAAAAGAAUGGAACGCUGCUUCGCUCUGCUGUAUGCGUCGGAUCCCAUAUAAGAAGCUCGCUCUUUACCCGAUCAUUCAAACAUUUUGUGGGCACAAAAUGCGCACCUGCUCUAUUGUUGCGUAGCAAUAGAAGCCUGCUCAUCUUGCUUCGGCGGCGCUUUUUCGCCUUCUCUUCGCUCUGGACAGGAGCGCUAAUGGACACGGGGAGGGAGCAGGCGAAGCGUGUCGUUCGUAAUGGAAAGAAAGAGACCACUACUUCGCCUCUUUGUUGGACCGCCGGCGCGAACACAGUGGUCUCUGACCAGGACCAGGAACCAAUUCGAAUUUGGAUCUUGACAUGUCGGUUGUUUUUAACCGUAGGCAUCUCGCCAGGAAGUUGGUGGGCUCAUCAUGAAUUAGGUCGGGGUGGCUGGUGGUUUCGGGAUCCCGUGGAAAAUGCCUCUUUUAUGCCUCGGGUAUUAGCCACAGCUCGAACCUCUUCAAUACGGUCCGGAUUGCUAGCUCCCGUUCAUAGUUCUGCUACAGAUGAUACACGAGGAAGAUUUUUAUGGCGGUUCUUCCUUCUAAUUACAGGCAUAUCUAUGAAUCUUUUCUACCAGAUGAAGCAGCAGGCAUCGCAAUUGGCUGCCGGAUUUCGUCCCGUCCGUAGCGCUUCGGAAGUCACUGUGGCGUGGCUGAAUGUAGAGCAGUCCGCGACGGAAGCCUUUGAUUGA